UCCAGUCUCAUCACGCAACCCGCCUUGCGCCACCAUUGAACACGCAUAACACGCCGCGAAACGCGUCCGACGCUAGAUUUUGGAGCUUGCCUCGACCCUCGUGCCGUUCGCGUGAGAUCUGCCUCUGUCUCUAAGCAUUGGAAGCUGCGCAUCGCCACCCAGCGUUUCGCCAUGGCUGAUAACGCCCCAGAGAAGCCCGAGGUCGCUGCGCCUGUUGCUGGCACUGAGGAUAAGGUCGCUGGCGAGGGAGAUGUGGCCGCCAAGACUGUGGAUAAGUCGGAAGCGGGUGAUGCUACAAUGGAGGAAGUAAAGGAAGCUGAAGAACCCAAGGUGCCCGAGAGCGCAGAAAAGACUGCCAAGGCCGCAACCGAAAAGCCAGCUGAGAACGAGAAAAAGACCGAUGCGGACGGCGAUGCCGAGAUGAAAGACGCUGCCGAGACUGCUGCUGCCGCUGAGCCUGAAGCUGAUGCUGCCGCCGCCGACACUCCAGCUGCUGCGAAGGGCAAGGGUCGACGAAAGUCGACUGCUGGAGAGUCAAAGGGCAAGACUCUGAGUAAGAAGGGCUCAAAGGCACGCCUAACCCACAUUGAUGCUCAGCCUGGCGAUCAUUUCUUGGUGAAGCUCAAGGGUUUCCCGGCUUGGCCCGCCAUCAUUUGCGAUGAGGACAUGCUCCCGCAAGCUCUCAUCAAUACUCGACCAGUCUCCGCGGCACGUCCUGACGGAUCCUACUCUGAGGCUUACGCGGAUGGCGGUAAGCGAGUGCACGAUCGAAGCUUCCCCGUCAUGUACCUGUAUACAAACGAAUUUGGAUGGGUUGCAAACACUGCCCUAUCCGAGUUGACCGCGGAUAAGGCCCGAGAUACGAUUGGAGACAAGAUGCGAAAGGACCUAAAGGCAGCUUUCGAGCUCGCAAUCGAGCAGAACUCAAUUGAGCACUACAAAGCGAUUCUACAAAGUUUCCAGGAUGAGCUGAUUGCCCAGGAAGAGGCUAGGAAAGAGGCUGCAGCUACGCCGAAGAAGUCCAAGAAAGGAAAGGCGAAGGCGAACGAUGAGGAUGAAGACGUGGAUAUGGAGGAUGCGGAAGAGGCGCCAAAGGCUAAGCCAAAGAAGCGAAAGGCCGCCGAUGAAGAAGCCGCUGUCCCUCAGCGCUCUGAGUCCGUUAAGAAGCCUAAGAUAAAGCUUAACACAUCAUCAUCCGCAUCAAAGGCUGCGAAUGGAACGACAGCGCCUAAAGCCAAAGAAGAAAAGCCUGCGAAGGUCGCAAAGGCCAAGCCAAAGAAGGGAACCGACAAGAAAUCUGAUGCGCCCAAAGAACCCAAGUUGACCCCAGAGGAGCGACAUCAACGCAAGGAGAAAGAAAUUAUGUACCUGCGCCAUAAGCUCCAAAGGGGUCUCUUGACUAGAGAGCAGCAGCCACGAGAAGACGAGAUGGAGGCGAUGUCCAGUUUCAUCACUAUCCUUGAGAAUUUCCAGGAUCUUGAUGUGUCAAUUAUUCGGGGCACUAAGAUCAACAAGGUUUUCAAGGCUAUUCUAAAGCUCGACUCUAUCCCCCGUGAGGAAGACUUCAACUUCAAGAAGAGGUCUCAAACUUUGCUGGACAAGUGGAACAAGCUACUUGCUAGCGAUCCUGCGCCCGCUAACACGGCGAAUGGUGUCAAUGGAGCUUCUGAAUCCAAGGACUCCAGUAAGCCGACUGGAAACGGCGAUGUGAAAGAGAGCGACGACAAGACUAAAGAGGUCGAUGAUGAGAAGCCUAAGGGAGAUGAUGAAGAAGUGACUGGCACGACCGCAGCCAAAGAUGAAGAAUCAAAAUCCAAGGAAGAUGUGAGCGAGAAGAAGGACGAAAAGGCCGAGGCCGAGGCAGUGAGAUAACACCAUUUACCAGUUAUUGACCAAUUCUAAUUUUUCUUUGUAAUAGGCUCCCGCUUCCGCAGCAGUUGAAGCCGCUGCUUAAGCUCCCAGGGUUUUCGAAUAUUCUGACAUAAUUCUGAGAACAAAAAUGUCUUUCAUAUCUAAGUCUCGGUUCUGAUACAG